UCGAAUGUCCUUCCGGCAAUGCCGAUCUGCGCCUUAUCGGUUAAUGCGUGCGCUGCUACGCUAAGGAUCAAAAAAGUGUGGGGAAAUUGUGCCACAACGGGAAUGCCAAGAUCCAUUUGCCGUUACUGUUUGUGACAAUCUCCACUCCUCAUCCUUCUUACCUUCAUCACAAAUAAAAGCCAACGACAAAAGAAAGGAUGACGGCUUCUACUAAUCUCAAACAUCCUCAACAUGCUAUUCACGAUCAAUCAAUCCACAAUCGUGAAGAAUUUUGGAUGAAAGCAGCGAGUAGCAUUCAUUGGCAUCAAACACCUUCUUGUGCAUUUGGUAAAUCACUUCGUCAAACGGAUUAUGUGAAAAAAGGAGAUGACACCUGGUUUCCAAACGGAUCUACAAACACAUGCUUCAAUUGUUUGGAUAGACAUAUUUAUCCACCUCAACAUUCAGCUUCAACGCCUUUAACCGCUUCACCUUUAACGCCUCAUUUGACCUACAACGUAGAAGCAGCAAACAAAGUUGCAUUUCAUCAUGUUAGUCCUUUACCAUUUCAAAAGCAACAAUAUCGUAAAGUGACAUAUGGAGAAGCAUUAGAAAUGACACAAACAUUAAGUGGAGCUUUGAAAUCGCUCGGAGUACGUAAAGGUGAUGUUGUAACAAUUUACAUGGGAAUGAUUGUUGAAACGGCAAUCGCAAUGUUGGCUUGUGCAAGGAUUGGUGCAAUUCAUAGUGUUGUCUUUGGUGGCUUUGCUCCAAAGGAAUUGGCAAAAAGGAUCGAAGAUGCAAAGUCUAAACUUGUCAUUUCUACUUCUUGUGGUUUAGAACCUAAAGGACCGGUCGCAUAUAAACCUUUAGUGGACGAGGCAUUACGAACCAGUAAACAUAAACCUUCAAGCGGAGUUUUGUUCUUUCAACGUCAUACAAUCGUAGGUCAUACACCUGAACAAUUAGCACCAAGAGGCAAGAAUGGCCCUGGAGGUGUGCCUGAAUGGGAUUGGGAAAUGGAAUGUGAAUCUGUCAAAAGUGGAAAAGAUGGAAGUGAAAAAUGCUGGAGUUGUCACCCUGUCGGAUCAGAAGAGCCGCUCUAUACACUUUAUACUUCUGGUACAACCGGAAUGCCAAAAGGUGUCGUUCGUCUUUCAGGAGGUCAUUUGGUCCAACUUCGUUAUUCGAUCGAACAUGUGUUCGGAAUGCGUUCAAAUGAUACAAUGUUAUGUGCAAGCGAUCUUGGUUGGGUUGUUGGUCAUUCGUAUAUCCUUUAUGGUCCUCUUUUAUUGGGCGCAUCAACCGUUUUAUUCGAAGGUAAACCAAUCACACCUGAUGCUGGCAUCUUAUGGAGAACGGUAAGUCAAUUAAACGUAACUCAUAUGUUUACCGCUCCUACCGCAUUACGGGCAGUACGUGGUCUGGAUCCUGAAGGUGCAAUGAUGCGUGGUUCUUCGAUCUCUUUGCGUACUUUACGUACCUUGUUCUUGGCAGGUGAAAGAAGUGAACCACAAAUCGUUGAAGUUUAUGCCAAAUUGUUAUCCGAAUUAGGUGCUUCAGGUGCAAGUGUGAAUGAUAAUUAUUGGAGUACAGAAUCGGGAAGUCCAAUCACUGCUUUAAUGUUAGGAAGUGCUUGGUCUCCUUUACCCGCAAAGCCAGGUUCGGCAGGAUUACCACAACCAGGAAUGGACGUUCGAAUUGUGGAUGAUUCAGGAAAAGAAGUUGAAAAAGGUCAAAUGGGAAAUCUCGUUUUAGCAAAGCCAUUAGCCCCAAGUGCUCUAGGAGGAUUAUGGAAUAAUUCAAAAGGAUUUUACUCAAGUUAUUGGGAAAGAUUUGACAAGAAAGGCGAUUGGUUCGACACAGGAGAUGCAGCUCAAAUGGAUAAAGAUGGCUAUAUAACUAUCCUUGCCAGGGCUGAUGAUAUCAUCAACGUUGCCGGACACAGAUUAGGAACUGGAUUGAUCGAACAAGUGGUGACCGGACAUACAGAUGUGGUAGAGUGUUGUGUUGUCGGCGCUCCAGAUCAGAUGAAAGGUCAUACACCAUUUGCAUUAGUCGUCGGUAAAGCAGGUUUAGAUGAAAGCAAUGAUCAAGAAUGGAUAAAGAAGAUGUUGCAAAGUAUCAAUUCUCACGUUCGAACAGAGAUUGGUCCUAUCGCCCAAUUGAGCGGAUUGGUUAUCACGGCAAAAUUACCUAAAACUCGAAGUGGAAAAACACUUCGUAAGACGGUAAGAGUGAUUGUCGAAAAAGCACAAACAAAGCCUCAAGAAGAAAUACAAGAAUCUCAAUUACCAAUUCCUCCAACGAUUGAAGAUAGGGAUGUCUUACUCGACAAUAUUCAAAAGAUACAAACGUAUUUCAAAGAAAGUCGAUCACGACAAGCGAAAUUAUAAUCGAUCUGUCUGAAAUUGGAUUUCGAAAGGGAGAAGUUGUCUAUACGUACAGAAAUGAG